UUCGCGGGCGGAGUUGGCUGUCCACUUAGUUUGGUUUGUUAUAAUAUAUAUUGCACAAAUCAUGGCUGCUUCAAGAAUAGCCAAGAAGAUUGCUGAUGUCAUGAAAAGCAAAGAAACGAGGGACUACUUCAUGAGCACCCACUUCUGGGGUCCUGUGGCAAACUGGGGCAUUCCACUAGCAGCAUUAGCAGAUAUCAAGAAAGACCCAGAAAUAAUUUCAGGAAAAAUGACUGUUGCCCUGACGUGCUACAGUGCGGUGUUCAUGAGAUUCGCCUGGAUGGUGCAACCCAGGAACCUGCUGCUGUUCGCUUGUCAUUUUACGAACGAGUGCGCCCAGAUCACCCAGCUGGGUCGCUUCAUCAACUACGAGUACCUGGGAGGCCGGGAGAAGAAGCUGGCAGCGGUGGCGGCGGCGGCUUCAGAAGGUCCAGGCUCGGAAUCGCCCGCUCCGGCCCCCAAACUAGGCGAACCCCAGUCCGACCCGAAAGAUAAGGUGAUAUUUGUCGGACAGAAAUAGUUUCCGAAUUUGCCGCGGUGAAGUGAUAACGGAUGCCUGGCACAGCUGAGCGCUGCUCAUCAUAGUUCGGUAAGCGGCAUUAUGGGAAUCGUAACCGCAACCGCGCGGCGUGAAACGUGCUUGUUCCUUGGUUGGAAGCGCAAUGCCAUCGUCGCGCGUUGUUUUGUAGUUGGUGGAGGAUGUCGUACGUGCAGUACAAGGUUGAAAGAGCUCUGCCUGGAUCUGCUGUGGGUUAGUAUGUUAGCGCGCUGGGGGGGAAAAGCGGGGUGACUUGGUCAGCUCUGCGUGUUUACUCAGGAGCGCUGAUCCGAGGUUUCCAUACUUGCCACAGCCGGCGCGUUGCGCACGCGGUGUGUAUCACGCAGGGACAAUUAAUGCUGUAUGCUAGCUGAAAUGUAAAUUUGUUACGUUUUAUGUUUGGAGUCCAUUGCAGUCGCGACCAGAUGCUACCUGAUGAAGUGUUGACGUGAGGUACACGUAAACGUGCAAUGGUUCCGUAACGACCUGUAAUACAGGGGUGGUUCAGACGAUGUAUUCGUGUAUGUGUGGUUCUCGCUUUGGAAAUGAUAAAAGAGUUUCAGAAACUUA